UAGGCUACCUGUUCACUGUUUUGCUUCUGUUGCAUUGUCCAUGUGAAUCUCAUCGCUUGUACAAUUGAAAACAAGGCGUUAAUGCAAGAACUGGCGGCGUGGAAUAAGCUAAACUGGACAUUAUUUUCGGCUGUAAAUCCAAUCUUUAUAGAAAUCUGAAGAGGAAAAACAAUGAGUGCACCAUCAACAGCUCCUUUUGACAACCCACUGCUCAAAAAGUCUCAACUUGGAAGGCCUUUACAACGAGGAUACAGCCUUCCAGCUGAUGCCAACUUCACAUAUGGACGUCCCAACCUGAGCAAAGAUAAUGGAGCCUCCGAAGCCCUAUCAGGAUGGUCUCCUAGUGGUCCUUUGAUGCCCAUCAGCAACACAGAACGUAAACCAGAAAGAGACUUUAUCGCUCUCAACAAAGCAUGUAUAGGUGCUGGGUUGGUGACGGCUAGCGAUCAGUUUCAGUACAGAGCAACACAUGAUGUAAGGCGUAGGAUAUCGGAUGAAGAGAAGAGCAAGUCCAAAGUUAAGAGGAUACCAGCAUCCAUGACCUUUGGAAUCUCAACCAGGCCAUCCACUCCAGUAUUUGAUUUAUUGGAACACAAAUAUCAAGAUAGAUGGUUGCAGGAAAGGAGAAAGUCUGAAUUAGCAAAGAGAGAAAGACAUCAACAAAAGCAAAACAUGAACAGAGGAAUCUAUGAGACGCGUGCCUCCCUCCUCAGGAAACAUUGCCCCCCUGUUGAAGACCCACCUCUCUGGCAGAUGUCUAGAUUCUCUCGUCAGCUACCCCACCUUGAGACAUUCCGCUCACCGAAUGCCCGCCAGGAAGCAUUUGCCCAUCAUGCCACCGACUGUACAGCUCGCACUGGAGUGUUUGGACAUGGAAUAUAUGAAAGUGCUAAAAGCUAAAGAACUUUUUGUAUAACUGUAAUGAACUCUACUAUUUUGAAGCCCAGAAUGAGACUGGGAGUGUAAUUGUGCUCCAAAAAGUAUUUGAUUUCCUUUCUGUAAAUGAAAUAUUUCCCUAUUAUUUAACUCCACUUCAGUGACUACAAUUAAUCACAGAAAGUAAUUCUUCUUUGACGAAUACUGGUGUACCUACUACACAGUUAUGUUUUUGUCAAAUGAUCAUUGCAUUUGAUUAUUUUUUUUUAAUCGUGUACUUAACAAAUUUUGCAACUUGAAAGAAAAAGGACAAUGCUAUUUCUGUUUCGCUAUAUCUCAAUAAAUGGGCAUGAAGUUUAUCAUCAUGUUAAUUUUUUGUAAGAGUUGAUGAUGAUCAAGAAAUAUGGGUAAAAUCCCACAGAAUGAUGCUUAUUACCAACCGUUAAUGUGCUAUACAUGUAUCUGCAUGGCCUUUGCAUACGUCAAACCUCCUGGGACCACUUAAUUCUGUUUGACUUACAAACCAUUCAGUAUAGAAAGGGGUACAAAAUGAUUUUUGCUGACAGUCAAAUUGUCUUAUUAAUCAACACAAUAAUGCACAUGGAAUGACAUGUAAACAUUUCAAAACAAGAAACUUCAUUCAGCUUGCAAUUUCAAGGCAAGUACACAAGUACAUGUAUUUCACAAUCAAUGAUAAAUUCUAUGUGCACUUGUAGACAGAUGCAUUUGAAACUCUACAUAUGAAUUGCCUUGUGCAAUGAAUGACUGAAUGAAUGACUAGUACGAGUUCAUGCUGGCUGUGAACAUGACAAGAAUUCUGACUGCUUUCAAAAGUCUGUUAUGUAAUGCCUUGCUUUAUUUUGUAUUAAUAAUUUUCAUUAUACUUCCUAAUUUUCCGUCAACGAUUUAUGCAAUUUAUCUUCUACUUUAUCAUAUUACUAACUGAAUCCCACUUGAUUUUUUUUACUGUAAAUAUAUAUUACUAUAAUGUAUAUACAUGUAAGUCCAUCUGUUGGGUUGACUUUUAUGGAUGAAUUUGUAUGCGUGUCUACUCAAUGAUCAUGUCAAUGAUAUUUAUUCAUUCAGAUUUGAGUCAUACUAAAAGAAUUGAAAGUA